UAUCCGUCAAAAAUGAAAUUAAAGCAUCACGUGUCGCUAUUUCGCAUUAACAUUGUAGCGAAUUCCGCGCUGAUGCUGUUUUUGUCACGCAAUAUAACGGAGGGAAAUGUUGGUUGGUUGAUUGCUGUAACACAAGAGAGAGCAAAUCAAGAGAAAAAGCUUUAGAGAGAGAGAGAGAAUGAGAAUGGGUUGGGAUUCAAGCCUUUCCCAAUCUGGAAAGAGGGGCAGGGACCCUGAAGAUGCUGUUUAUUUGGACAAUUUCCAUACCCACAAGCGAUAUCUCAGUGAGGUUAUGGCUUCAAGUUUGAAUGGAUUAACAGUUGGGGACUCACUUUCAGAGGUACAUAGAACAUCUCCAUCAAGAUUUGAUCCUAUGGAGUCCCCUGUGAGGUCUGAGAGCAUUGGUUUUCCCAGAGAGGAUCUGACAUCACCAUUUUCACCAAUGUCAGAGGACUCCGACGACUCACGAUACUGUGACCUCAUACAUCAACAGGACAUGUGUACGGGCACCAGAAACACAGUGUCACCUCAUCGACACCACAUAGGUGGACCCCACAUCACAUAUUCCUCAAUGCCACUAUCCAACUCACCUUCUUCACCCUGUAGUACUCUCCUACAAAUGGCCUAUUCCCAUUCAAGGCCACGUACCCCCGAAUCAGAAAGCCGAUUCCCACCUUCACCAAGUGACAUAUGCCAAUCACCCAACCUUAGAAGGGCUGCUCUCUUGAGAUCAGUACAAAUGAGAACACAGCCUACAAAUUCACAUGCAUUUGAGAUGCCUUUCGAGAGCAUAUCGGAUCAACAUGUCGACGACAGAGAGGGUUCCCCUUGCUCAUAUGUGAAAGUGAUAGCCGAUGAGAGGGUUUAUCCCAUUGAGUCUCGUGGGCCUGUUAGGAGCUCUUCCAGGGUUAGGAGCAUGCUUCUUGAGGAUUGUUCAACUAUGGGUAUCUCAGAGACUCAAGAAAAAAGAGAGAAGUGUUAUAGGGCAUUGAAUUUGAAGGGGGAUGGUGGUGGUAAUAAUAGAGGGGUUGAGUCAAAAGAGGAGUUUUUUGGGGGCAAUGGGGUGAAUAGACCAGAGUUGCUAAGCGGUAGGAGAUCUGUUCUUGGUGAACAUGCAAAAGCUUGUUCUUUUGAGUGAAUUGAUAAUGGAAUUUUGGAUUG